GAACUGCAGACUAGCAUCUUGUCACUUGCAACCAAAAUCCUGGUAGGCUGCGAUGAGGUUUUGGAGACUCUGCAGCAGGUCACCACUGCCCUGAUCAACAGUGACAUCUCUGACCGGGAGAACAGAUUGAAAGGUCUUGAACAAGUGACCAAGGCCACAAUGCUGGGUCACCUUCUGCCGGUGCUGCUGACUUCUCUGAUGCACCCCAACUUGCAGACACUUACCAUGGCAGAUGCCCUGAUGCCUCAGCUUGUCCAGCUUGUGCUGUAUACUAGCCAGACAGCCUUGCUGCUCAAGACUCAGUCUCCUGUGUUCUCCGAGCAGUCCGAUGUGCCAGGUGGAAAAUCUGAGCAGAAAAGCAAAAUCAGCAUCUUCGAGGACAACUUUCAGAUCUUAGAAGAAAGGGAAGAACCUGGUUUCCUAACUGGCCUGAAGAUCCCUGCCCCGUGGGCUGCGGGUAAAACAGUUGAAACUGUUCAUCCUGUUAGAGACAACUACAAGUUCAAAGAGACAGUCCACAUCCCUGGAGCCCGCUGCCUCUACCUGAGGUUUGACCCCCGCUGUUCCUCUCAGUAUGACUACGACAAGCUGGUGAUCUACGCAGGUCCAAACACAAACAGCAGGAAGGUGGCAGAAUAUGGAGGCAACACACUUGGCUAUGGUAGCCGCAGUGUCCUGGGUACAGGAUGGCCAAAGGACUUAGUCAAGGUUGAAGGGGAUACUGUUACUUUUUCGUUUGAGAUGAGAAGCGGCAGAGAACACAACACUCCUGAUAAAGCAAUGUGGGGAUUUUCUUGUACUGUCAGGGCUCAGGAGUCAUCUGAAGACGUGUCGGGAGGUUUGCCCUUCCUGGCAGAUUUGGCUCUUGGCCUUUCUGUCCUCGCUUGCUCCAUGCUGCGCAUUUUGUACAAUGGACCUGAAAUUACUCGGGAGGAGGAGGCCUGCCAGGACUUGCUCUGCUCCAAACUCCUGCAGAGGUGUCAGUGGCAGGUUGAAGCCAAUGGUGCAAUAUCGCCAGCACUCACGCCAAGCCCUUCCCCUCUGCCGCUAACCAUUGAAGAGGACCGAGAGUUCACCUACCCCUCGGAUGUGUUAAUCCCCCCUUCAGGACCAAUCUCAGGAUGUUACUUUGAUCUUCCACGCAUCCGACUGCCCCCUGGUAUCAUGGGAAGGCUAAGGGAGAUAUCUGGACGCGCCCGUCCCCAGUUCAGACCCAGCAUCAAGGAAGUCAUUCAGCCAGACGUCAUGGAAGAGGUGAUUGUUUCUUGUGUCAUUAAACACCUGACACUGAUUGACGCCUUGCAGUCGCUCAUCAAUUUUCAGUAUCGGGAGGAACACGCGGAGGAGUACGACCUGCUCUGUAAGAUUAUGGCGGAGACCUUCAAAAAGAUCAAUGCCAUGGAGCGGCAGCUGCAGAGUGUGGCUGAGCUUGAGCAGAAGUGGCAAAACGAAGUGGAGGAGGCCCAGCAAGGCAAGCUAGAGAACAAUGCUCCGUUCUUCAAUGACUACCACUUCUUUGAGAACAAGAUGAAGGAACUCGAGCUGCUCUGCUCCCUUAAGGAAGUUUCGUUUGAUUGCAGUGACUUGGAAAAUGUGGUUAUGACGCUGAGGGAAAAGUUUUUUCAGGAUGUCACAGUAUUUGUUCAGAAAUCUUCAACGACUUUAUUGAAGACAAAAUCCUUGGUGAAGAGCCUGAUGAACCGGACAGAGCUGCUGUUGCAUGUGACCAUCUCUCCACAGUCUAGAAGCGUGUCAGGGACUCCAGCUGACACCCCAGCUUGCAAGUCGGUCUCCGAGGCAAAGCCCAUGUCUCACAAUGUCAAACAGCCAGUUUUCCUGCGCAGUAUGUCUGCACCCUCGGACCUGGAAAUGAUUGCCAAUGAAGAUCUUGAAUUUAACCGGGGUACCCAAAGGAGGCGUCAUCAUGCCACCAGCCACCGCAGCAGUUCCUUCACUCUGCUUCAGUCGCUGACCAUCGAGGACUGCAGAGACAAGCCCACCUACAGUGUCCUUUUGGGGCAGCUCUUUGCCUUUAUUGGAACAAACCCGGAUCAAGCA